AUGACAACAAAUCUGAGGAAGAGGAAUGAAGAAAGAAUGAAAAAGAAUAUUGAGAAUCUGGUUGAUGAUUUGAAGAAAGUUGCUGAGGAGGUCAAGGUAGAAGAAGUGAAGAUUUUUGCAAAGGAUACUGCUGAAGAAGAACAGAAAAAAGAAGAAGAUGAGAAGGUAGCCGAGAUAGAAAAGGCUGUUACUGUAGAACAACAAGUUGAAGGGGAUAAGAAGAAGAUGGAAAAUUCGGUAGAAGUGAAAGUUGAAAGUUCAGCAGAUGUUGUUGGUGAUGUUGGUACGGGUGAAGAAGAGAAGAGUGAAGAUGAUCAGAAGCAGAAAGAAGCAAACACCGAGGUGCCAAUCACUGAGAUAAAAUCUGAUUCUGAAGUCUUAAAUGAAACUGUUGAACAGUGCAAGAAAUGCAUGGAAGCAUGCAGUGUCUGUGCUCAACAAAACCGAUGA